AUGACCAUCGCCAUCAUCUGCUCCAUUGCCAACGGCGCUGCUCUGCCCCUCAUGACAUUGCUCUUUGGUGGCCUUCAAAAUACCUUUUCCGAGUUCACAGCGCACCUGAUCGACAAAGGCGAACUCAGCUCUCAGCUUGCCAAAUACGUUCUCUACUUUGUGUAUCUCGCCAUUGGCCAAUUUGCUGUCACUUACAUCGCCACGGUGGGGUUCAUCUACGUGGGCGAGAACAUUUCCACCAGAAUCCGAGAGCAUUAUCUUGAAAGCUGCCUAAGUCAAAACAUUGGCUUCUUCGACAAAAUUGGCACUGGAGAAAUCGUGACUCGCAUUACUUCCGACACCAACACUAUACAAGAUGGAAUCUCCGAAAAAGUCUCAAUUACCAUAGGGGCCAUUUCGACCUUUGUGACUGCCUUUGUCAUUGCCUUUGCCCAUUCCUGGAAGCUCACGUUUAUCAUUGCGAGUGUUAUCUUCGCCGUUCUCAUCAAUGGAUCCGUGUUUUCUAGCUACAUGCUUAAGAAUAGCAUAGAGUCUACCAAAUCAUCUGCUCUUGGUGGCGGUCUGGCUGACGAAGUCCUCAGCUCCGUGAGAACUGCCGUUGCUUUUGGAGCCCAGGACCGAUUGUCCAGCCAAUAUGAUGAGCACCUGAAAAAGGCCGAAUAUUUUGGCUUUAGACUCAAGACUGCUGUUGGAUUCAUGCUGGGCGGUAUCAUGUUCCUGCUCUAUAUGAGCUAUGCUCUGGCUUUCUGGCAAAGCAGUGCUUUUGUCUUGCGAGGCUGGCUCUCUCUCAGCGAAGCCCUGAUUGUCAUGAUGAAUGUCAUAAUGGGCGCUUUCAAUAUGACUAGCAUCGCAACCAACUUCCAAGCGUUUAUCGCUGCUGUUGGCGCCGCGUCCAAGAUUUUCGAUACCAUUGACCGUGUCUCCCCCAUCAAUCCAGCCAGCGAAGAGGGUGUCAUCAUUGACGAGGUUCAGGGUAAUAUCCGGCUGGAAAAUGUCAAACAUAUCUACCCAUCACGACCUGGCGCUGUUGUGAUGCAAGAUGUUACCCUUGAUAUCCCUGCGGGAAAGACGACCGCCUUGGUGGGAGCCUCUGGAUCUGGCAAGAGCACCAUCAUCGGCCUUAUUGAACGAUUCUACAACCCCGUGGGAGGUAUUGUGUAUCUCGAUGGACGCGACAUCUCUAAGCUAAACCUUCGCUGGCUUCGCCGCCAGAUAUCUCUAGUUAGCCAAGAGCCCACGCUGUUUGGAACGUCAAUUUUCGAAAAUAUUCGCUACGGCCUCGUUGGGACCGAGUUUGAAAAUGAAAGCAAAGAGAAGCAGCGUGAAUUAGUCAUUGCUGCCGCGAAGAAGUCCAAUGCUCACGAUUUUGUCUCUGCUCUCUCGGAGGGCUACGAAACUAAUGUUGGCGACCGAGGCUUCCUUCUCUCCGGCGGACAGAAGCAACGGAUUGCUAUUGCGCGUGCCAUCGUUAGUGAUCCGAAAAUCCUCCUUCUUGACGAAGCGACUUCGGCCUUGGAUACGAAAUCCGAAGGCAUCGUGCAGGCUGCGCUGGAGGCUGCCUCCGCUGGCCGAACUACCAUAGCUAUUGCUCAUAGGCUAUCAACUAUCAAGGACGCCCAUAGCAUUGUUGUCAUGUCUGAAGGCCGAAUUGUAGAGCAAGGCACCCACGACGAGCUAGUAGAGAAAGGGAGCGCUUACCAUAAGUUGGUAUCUGCUCAGGAUAUUGCCGCGACCCAAGAUCUCACCUGCGAGGAACAGGAACUUAUUGAUGAGCAUCAGGAGAUGCUGGUCAAGAGGCAAUCGAAAAUCGAAGAGAGCGAAAUCUUUAGUACCGAGGGUGACAGUGAGAACAACCUCGCGCGGUCGCCGACGCAAAAGUCUGCCUCAAGCACUGCGCUGCGAGCUCGCAUCACGGACAAGGAGGAGGCCAAGUAUAGCAUCUGGGCUCUGAUUACGUUUAUUGCAAAGUUCAACCGUAAUGAAUGGAAGCGCAUGCUGGCUGGUCUCUUUUUUUCUAUUAUCUGCGGCGGCGGCAACCCCGUCUGUUGUGUUUUCUUUGCCAAGGAGAUUGUCACUUUGACAAAAGCUCUUUUCCCAAAUGCCGAUAUAGACCAGAUUCGACACGACGCAUACUUCUGGGCCAUCAUGUUCAUCGUGUUGGCUGUUGGCAUGCUCGUCAGUUACUCUGGUCAAGGAAUUGCCCUAGCAUCAUGCUCUGAGCAUCUUAUCCAUCGUAUUAGGGACCAAUCUUUUAGGGCGUUUCUCCGACAGGACAUUUCGUUCUUUGAUAGAGAAGAGAACUCGGCGGGUAUCUUGACGGCCUUCUUAUCGACUGAAGCCAACAAUAUUGGCGGGCUCAGUGGUUCCGCUCUGGGAACCAUCCUGCUAACGCUGUCAACCCUUUUCUCGUCGAUGAUCAUGUCCUUGGCUAUUGGGUGGAAGCUUUCACUUGUUUGUACUGCAACAAUUCCGGUCAUGCUGGCCUGUGGCUUCUUCCGGUUUUACUUGUUGCUUCGGUUUCAGAGCAGGGCAAAAGCUGCAUACGCGGCCUCUGCUGCAUAUGCCUCCGAGGCCAUCUCGUCCAUCCGCACCGUUGCGUCACUUACUCGAGAGCAAGACAUUAUGCGCAUAUAUCGUGAGGACAUUGCAGCUCAACGGCGCAAAGGCCUGAAGUCGGUGCUUUCAUCAAGCGCCCUCUACGGCGCCGCCCAGGGCGCCACGUUUCUCUGCUUUGGCCUUGCAUUCUGGUACGGCGGUACUUUGGUCGCUACCGGGGAGUAUGAUUUAUUCAGAUUCUUCGUCUGCUUCAUGGGCAUCAUCUACAGUGCGCAGUCGGCAGGAGGUAUCUUUGCGCUUGCACCUGAUAUGGGCAAAGCUCAUGCGUCGGCCUUGGCAUUGAGGAAGCUCUUUGACCGGACACCAAAAAUCGAUGCCUGGUCGCAGGACGGUCAUCGCCUGAAAGAGGGCGAUAUCCAGGGCACAAUAGAAUUCCGUGAUGUCCACUUUCGUUAUCCAACCCGGCCAGAUCAACCUGUCCUCCGAGGCCUCAGCCUGACAAUUAAGCCUGGUCAGUAUGUCGCCUUAGUUGGUGCUUCUGGGUGUGGCAAGAGCACAACUAUUUCACUGUUGGAGCGAUUCUACGAUCCCUUGUCUGGUGGUGUCCUUGUAGAUGGCCAGGACAUCAGCACCCUGAAUGUUAGCAACUAUCGGUCGUUUGUUUCCCUUGUAAGCCAAGAGCCGGCCCUGUACUCGGGCACAAUCAAGGAAAAUAUUCUUCUCGGCACACCCAAGGAGGACAUUUCAGAGGAGGAGCUGGAGCACGUCUGCCGCGAAGCCAAUAUUUACGAUUUUAUUAUUUCACUUCCUGAUGGGUUCAAUACGUUUGUUGGCAGCAAGGGUGGCUUGCUCUCUGGUGGUCAGAAGCAGCGCAUAGCCAUUGCCCGGGCCUUGAUUCGCAACCCCAAGAUUCUGCUCCUAGAUGAAGCCACGUCUGCCCUUGACUCUGAAUCCGAAUCCGUCGUCCAAGAGGCUCUAGACAAGGCUGCUGCCGGACGCACCACGAUUGCAGUCGCGCAUCGCCUCAGCACGAUUCAAAAAGCGGACGUUAUCUACGUGAUUGACCAAGGCCGCGUUGCCGAGUCUGGAACCCACCAGGAACUGAUGAGAAAGAAUGGCCGCUACGCUGAAUUGGUCAAUCUACAAAGCUUGGGAACGAGCUCGUAA